AUGCACAACAAGCUCGUGCAACCAGGGCCAGUGGCAGGGCAGGGACAGGCUAUCACCUCCCUCCUAAGCUGGGGUGCAUAUCUGAUGCACACACAGAAGAAGCCGGUCCCAGGAGAUGUGCAUAAGUGGAUUACAUCAGGCCAGCAUGCUGGCUGCAGUCCCAUGCAAGAUUUUUCUACCGAGACUGGUGAGAUGCUAUCCAUCGGUUCCUGCGGCCGAGGAAAGCAGGAGGCUGGGCUAGGAAAGGACCUGACAUGGACGGACGAAGGCGGGCCUAGAAACGACGAUGGGCCCGAGUUGACCGGAUAUCCAAGCUCCGCCUUUGACAAGGAGAGAAAGGAGAAAAAGCAAGUGAAGGACAAAACAAGCAAAUACGACCUCACUCCUUCCGAAGCACCCUACAGUAUGGGCCCUGCUCUCAAUCGAUCACAAUUGUCGAAUCUCGCAAGUCUGUACCCAAAUUGUGCCCUCGUCCCGUUCUUCCUCGAGUCUACAGCCGAGGGUCAGCACCCGAGUGCGUACAUGUUGAAACGGGAAGGAACAGACGGCGCACUGUGA